AAUUGAUGACUCGACAGAGCUUCGACUCAACCGGCGAACAGAUACAAACCGAACUUCUAUAAAUAAUAAAGCGUGUGUUUCAUGUCCCUAGAACCCUCCACUGCGUCCUCGCUCUUUGAUCCAUCAUAAUCAUUGAGCUUUCCAUAGCCUUUGUUUUCCCAGCCUGUUUAAUGAUCCAGUGAGGUCAUCAACUCAAUCUCAGCCCCACAUCUCGACUUCAUCUCUAGGAGGUCCCCCGGAAAGGGCACGAUCAUGAGCAACAAACACGCUAAGCAAUUACCACACGAGAAGCGGAAAGGUGAAGCCGCCCUGAGCGACUUCGCCGAGUACGUCGAGAAGCAACAGGCCCUGCGCUACCCUAAUUCCAAACAGGCGGCAGGGACGGCAACCAAGGGUGCCCAGGGUGAUCUCGAGCACCACGAGGAACUAGACGACAUCCUCGACAGCCUUGAUCUCUCUGACCCAACUCCCCGCGUGGUCCUGCGAGAGCUCCUGCUCUCGCCAAGCGGCGAUGCCGAUGCUCUCCAGAAACUGGCCGAUGUCGUAAAGGAGCGGUUAUUGGAGGGCCAUGGCGAGACGGUGUUCGAUAUCGGGUUCGAAAACAACGGCGAGAGCAUGAAGCUGUCGCGCGAUGAAUGGGAUGUCGCACUCAAGCGGUUAGCAGAGGCGGCGAGGAAGCUCAGGGCCGACACCCAGUUGUUAUUGACGAAGAACGUGGGCGGCGAACUCGACGGAACACCAACAAAGGAUGGAGAUUGCAGUGGUAAAGUCAUGAUUCGCCAGGCUCCGGCCACAGUGGAGAAUGUGAUCGAGACGAGGAUUGCUGUUGUCGGAAAUGUUGACGCUGGCAAGAGCUCUAUGCUUGGCGUGCUCGUUAAGGGCGAUCUGGACGACGGCCGGGGUAAGGCGCGAGUCAAUCUAUUCAGACACAAGCACGAGAUCGAGACGGGGCGGACAUCGUCUGUCGGGAUGGAGAUCAUGGGCUUCGAUACCGCUGGGCAAGUUGUGGUCUCCGAUACACCGGGACGCAAGCUCUCGUGGGAAGAAAUCGGGAAGCGCAGCGCGAAGGUCAUCACCUUCACUGACUUGGCGGGCCACGAACGUUACCUACGCACCACGGUUUUCGGACUGCUGUCCAGCAGCCCAAACUACUGCUUGCUCAUGGUUGCGGCUAAUAACGGCCUCAUCGGUAUGAGCAAAGAGCAUCUGGGGAUUGCGCUCGCUCUGAACGUGCCGGUCAUGGUAGUCAUCACCAAGAUCGACAUAUGCCCGCCACAAAUCCUGGAGCAAACAAUCACGCAAAUCACGCGGAUUCUGAAGAGCCCCGGAGCAAGAAAGAUACCCAUCUUCAUCAAGAAUCGCGAAGAGUGCAUUAACACAGCCACCCAGUUUGUGAGCCAGCGAAUAUGUCCAAUCUUCCAGGUCUCGAAUGUGACGGGUGAGAAUCUCGACCUGGUCCGUUCAUUCCUGAACAUUCUCCCACAUCAUGGCCGCUACGAUGCCGACGCUCCAUUCGAGUUCCACGUCAAUGAUACCUUCAGCGUCCCCCACGUUGGGACCGUCGUUUCGGGCAUCGUCAAGUCCGGGGUGGUCCAUGCCGGCGAUGAAGUCCAGAUCGGGCCGGAUUCUCUGGGACGCUUCAUGCAGACCUCGAUUCGCUCUAUCGAGAGGAAAAGGAUAGGCGUCCCCGCGGCAUCGGCUGGUCAGUCCGCCUCGUUCGCUUUGAGACGAGUCCGGAGGAAAGACGUGCGCAAAGGAAUGGUAGUGCUGUCCAAGUCCGACGGAGCACCGCCCAAGGUGUACCGCGAAUUUGUUGCACCAGUUCUUAUCUUGUCACACGCAACGACCAUCAAGACAAAGUACCAGGCGAUGUUGCAUGUCGGGCCGGUCUCCCAGACUUGUGCAAUCAUUGACGUCGACCGACCCUUCAUCCGGACCGGAGACCGGGCGACAGUUGCCUUCCGGUUUGUGCAGCGGCCCGAGUACUUGGCACCCGGUGAUCGCCUGCUUUUCAGAGAGGGUCGGACGAAAGGACUUGGCAUUGUCAAGAGCGUUGGGUACGACCCCUCGAAGCCGCUCAUGCCGAAUCAGGCAGAGGGCGGCAUCGGUGAUGGGCAGAAGAUCCCGGAGUCCGGUGCCGUGGAGGAGAAAGAUGACAAAGUAGGCUCUGACACAAAAGUUGGGACCUGACCCUGGAGACCUGGAGGGCGGUAUGCUGUUGAGCAGGUCCACAAUUUGUAUGUGUGCAAAAGAGAAUGGCUUCCUCUCGGUUGUGAAGCGGCGUAGCAUGUGUAAUCGUGGCGUUCUAGUGUAGCAUCUUCAUGUUAGUUCAGCCUGCCCCGGAGGCAAUGGCUGCAGUUUUAUGAGCGUUGGAAACAUGAACGAGCCAAACACACUAAUACCGUCGAGAGUU